AUGGGAGAGAUCAAUGUAGCUCUAUUGACGUCUAAAUCCAAGGUAGCACCAAUCAAGAAGCAAACCAUUCCGAGGCUGGAGCUAUGCGGUGUUGUCAUCGGGGCUCAGCUUUAUGAAAAGGUCGUAGCUGCUCUACAAAUCAACGUAGAGACAUUUUUUUGGGUGGAUUCCACCGUCGUGCUUUACUGGCUCAAAUCUUCCCCAUCGACCUGGACAACAUUCGUGGCGAACAGGGUAUCGACAAUACAGUUAGCAACAGAAAGCUGCCACUGGAAUCAUGUUGCCGGUAUACAAAAUCCGGCCGAUCUCAUCUCGAGGGGAACAACCGCAGAUAAUCUAGUAUCGAAUCGACUGUGGUGGAAGGGUCCCGAGAGACUGGCACGAGAUCCAACCGAAUGGCCAAUAUCCCAGCUUCAUCCAGAUGAACCUAACGAAGCUCUCCGCGAAACCAAGUCAAGUCACAUAUCAGCCGUUUCUGCUACCGAAACACCGUCGUUUUUGGAUCAGUACGUCGCACGGCACUCUAAUUAUCAACGAAUGUUGAGAAUCACCGCAUACUGUCAUCGCUUUCAAACAAACUGUUGUCUUCCAAAAAACCAGCGUACCACGGACGUGCUGACUACGGCGGAAAUCGACACAGCAGAAAACACACUCAUAAAACUCGUUCAAGGGCAAUUCUUCAAAGAUGAAGUUGAAAAACUCAAAUUAGGGAAACCAAUAUCACCCAAAUCACGGCUGCGCUGGUUCAAUCCGUUUCUCGACGAUCACCAGGUUCUACGAGUUGGCGGCCGACUGACGUAUUCCCAGCUACCAUUUAAUAGCAAGCAUCAGGCAAUCCUUCCGUCAUCUCAUCCAUUCUCGGCCCUGUUAGUAGAAUCCAUCCAUUUGAGACAACUCCAUGCAUCUCCACAGCUUCUGCUGACAACUCUUCGUUUGCGGUAUUGGGUCAUAGGGGCCAGAAACUUGGUCAAAAGACCUACAAGAAACUGUAUAACCUGCUGCAGAAAUCGACCUAAAACGAUACAGCAAUAUAUGGCGGACUUGCCGCCUGCUAGAGUAACCGCAAGCAGACCAUUUUCAACAGCAGGGAUCGACUACUGGGGACCAAUCCUGGUAAAGCAACAACCUCGACGAGCAGCACCAACAAAAGCUUACGUGGCCGUGUUUGUAUGCUUCAGCACCAGAGCCGUGCAUUUAGAGCUUGUAGGAGAUCUAAGCACUGCAAAAUUCCUUCAAGCGUUGCGGCGGUUUGUGUCUCGCCGCGGCCUCUGUUCCGACAUCUAUAGUGACAACGGCAGGAACUUUCUUGGAGCAUCGAACGAACUGCAACGACUAGCCAACAGCAAGGAACAUCGUGACGCCGUUUACCAAGAGUGUCUCUCAAACGGCAUCAAGUGGCAUUUCAACCCACCGAAAGCAUCACAUUUCGGUGGGCUGUGGGAAGCGGCAAUCGCAUCUGCCCAGAAGCAUUUUUUUCGAGUUCUGGGGCCACAUACUCUCUACUACGAUGACACCGAAACCCUCCUGACGCAAAUUGAAUGUUGCCUGAAUUCUAGGCCAAUCGUUCCUAUCAGCGACGACCCGAACGAUUAUGAGGCGCUCACACCUGGGCACUUUCUAGUGGGAUCCUCGUUGAAAUCAGUACCGGACGUCGACCAUUCAAGCACUCCAAUCAACCGUCUACGUCAAUGGCAGCAGGUGCAAAAACUGUUCCAACACCUGUGGCGCAGGUGGCAUCUCGAAUAUCUAUGUUGUCUCCAGCCGCGAACAAAAUGGGUAAAUCCUCCAACGAAGAUCGAAGUGGGCCGAUUGGUGAUUAUAAAAGAUGAAGCCGCUGCUCCUAUGACCUGGCAAACGGCACGUAUCGAUGAAACACACCCUGGGCCAGACGGAAUUGUGCGGGUUGUGACUCUUCGAACACCGCAUGGAAAAUUCACCCGACCGGUGUCAAAAUUGUGUUUGCUGCCUAUAGCCUCAUCGCAAAGUGAAAUGUCAUCGCCUUCCGAAAACAAAGCAACCGAGCCAUCCAACAACUAACACCAAUAACAACAAUCGAACUCCAUCUUCGUCAAUCAGUAUCUUCAACGUGCAGGACCUACAAAGAUAAGAAAAUUACAAGGCCCCUUUUCCAAGGGCACAAGCUCAACAUUCGUUCCUCCGUACGGUGUCUUCGGGAAAUCAUCUGACGGGAGACCAAAACAAGAUCGAGGGACAACCCAAUAGUGAAUCAUCGCCGUCAUCAAUCAGAAGCUACACGGAAGAAAAAGGGCUUCUGAAGGGGCCAGGAUGUUCGAAAGGAAGAAAGCAAAUCAUCUGCAUCAUCGAUCUGUGUGCUCUUCGUCAAAUGUGUGUGGCGAUUCCCUCGUCUAAUGCAUCGAGUUCGACUCCACUGACAGCCGACGACAGAAAACCCUU